CGACGGGCGUUUUGCUUUCGGACGCGUUUCCCUCUUUUCUCCCCUUUUUCCCUCCGAAACCCCCUUCACAGCGUAAACACCCCAAGCAACAAUGUCAUCCCACACCCACCGCACUCCCGUCAAGCAAGUCCGCUCCUUUCCCUCCCACUCCUUCAGCACUCCGGCUCCAACGCCGGUAAACGGGUUUUCUCCUACGACGCUCGCUUGGAGGGAUAAGUUCAAGCAGCAGUGUCUCACGUCACUACGAAACUCGAGGCAGGCGGAAAUUAGGAGGCGGCGGUUUGGCCAUAUCGCGAGUCCACUUGCGGGAGACUCGGAGGAGGCGCAGGAGCAGAGGAGGAGGUUUGGUGAUGUCGUUGAGCAGCAGUUAACAAAAGCCUUCAUAACGAACCAAUGGGACCACUUCCGUCGCGCCGCCGCGACCCUCGGCGACCUAACCCCCGACCUGGAAGACGAGAUCCUCCACGAACUCUCCUCCUCCCUCUCAUCCCACGACGAAGAGCUGCUGCGGGCGUACGAGCUGUCCCUUACCGAGGAGGACGUCAACCCCACGUAUCUCACGGCCGGCGGCGGGGCGGAUACCACGUGCUUUGUGUGUCAGAAGGGCACUCUGGGCAGCGAUGGCACCGCGAUUGCGUGUUCGGGCUGCGAUGUGCGGAUCGGGUGUGCGGCGCAUAUGCGGAGCGCGGAGGAGAUGGUCGCGCAGGUGCAGACGCUUGCGUCGAAUCAUGCCCAAGCGUGCCCAGGCCACCCCCUCUUCAGCUUCCACGAAGAAACAGGCCUGCUGAUCCUGUGCAGCUCAUGCAACGCCUGCGAUGUCAUCGGGUGAACAGUCAUAUACCCGAGCGCAUACCCACCCCCCCGCUCGUAGUAUACCCCCGCUCCAUAAAGGGGCCAUAGGCAGCAUAU